ACCCGGAUGUGCCUGAGUAGUCCGUGUUGGCACUUGGGACUCUCAAGUUUGGGCAUUCUAGGGGUGCUGGCAGCCCGGACGGAUGGCGCAGGGCUGGGCUGGCUUCUCUGAGGAGGAACUGAGGCGACUAAAGCAGAGUAAAGAUCCAUUUGAACCACAGCGGCGUCCCCCUAUGAAGAAAAGUCGACAACAACUUCAGCGAGAAAAAGUCCUUCAAGAGCAAAGCCAAAAACUUGGACUGCAAGAUGGAUCAGUCAGAUUACCUCCAGAGCAGCUGCUCUCUGCACCACAACAGAGAUUCAGUCAUCAAAAGCCACAUUUUUCUCCCCCUACUGCUCCUAAUCCUCUUACACUCAACUCUCCUGUUGGCAAUGGAAAACCACAGGGCACUGAAAGUCAACCACGGGAACUGGGACUUGAGAAUUCCCGGGAUGGUCACAUAAGUGCUGAGGUUGUACCUCUAAAACCAGAUUGCAAAUUGGAGAAAAAGAAAGUGGAAUUGCAAGAAAAGUCUCGUUGGGAAGUCCUCCAACAAGAACAGCGGCUAAUGGAAGAGAAAAAUAAACGUAAGAAAGCUCUUUUGGCUAAAGCUAUUGCGGAAAGAUCUAAAAGAACUCAGGCAGAGACCGUGAAACUGAAGCGGAUCCAGAAGGAGUUACAGGCUUUAGAUGACAUGGUGUCAGCUGACAUUGGAAUUCUCAGGAACCGGAUUGACCAGGCUAGCCUGGACUAUUCAAAUGCUCGGAAGCGGUUUGACAAGGCAGAAGCAGAGUAUGUUACAGCCAAGCUCGAUCUACAGCGCAAGACUGAUACUAAAGAGCAGCUCACUGAGCACCUUUGUACAAUCAUACAGCAAAACGAGCUCCGCAAGGCCAAGAAGUUGGAGGAGUUGAUGCAGCAACUGGAUGUCCAAGCUGAUGAGGAGACUUUGGAGCUGGAGGUGGAGGUGGAGAGACUACUGCAUGAACAAGAGGCAGAAGCAGGGAAACAGAAGGUUCAUGCAGAGAGGCCAUUUCAGCCUUCCGGGGAGAGUGUGACAUUAGGGUCUACUCAGAACAAAGAGCAUCAAGCACCAACUGCUUGCCCAGAGCCUGGAUGCCUCCAUGCAACUCUCAGGGGCUGCUCCAGCCUUUGCCAGGUCUCUCAUCUGGAUCCCUCUCAACUGGCACUCUGCCUAGUGGGCCUCACCCUCCAAUAUCUCUCAGGAUUUCAUGCGCCUCUGAGGCCAUGCGGAUACCAGAAAGUAGAAAGGCUUCGGAAUCAGAUAAAUUUGUGUGGAGAUCCAGGCUCCUUCCUUGAGGAACUGUGAUAAUUUAGCCUCUCUGUCGUUUCAUUUUUCUCAUGUGUAAACUGGGAAUCAUAAUAUACUAGCAUAGCUUACAGAGUUCUUGGGGACAUCAAAUAAUGUCCUAUGUACAAAGUGCCUCGUCCCUUACACCACCAAGUAAGUCAGAGCCUCGUCUCAUGUGUUCCCUGCUUUAUCUAUCAGCACCUAGAAGAGUUCUUAGCACAGAGUAGGUGCUCAGUUAAUGCUUAUUAAAUGAAUUAAUGAAUAUUCGGCACACAAUAAACAUUAGUUCUUAUCUAUUUUUUCAAUAAUUUUUGCAGGGCAGGGUGUAUGCAUGUACUCACUGGGAGGAGCUUUGAUAAGUGUUUUCUUGUAGGUCCUUGGUCUCUCAAUGGCACAUAAAGAUCCAUUUAUUAUGGCAGUUAACGCACUUGUCUAUGAACUUCAAUGCUAUUCCCUACUGAUGAAAGCAGUAGCAGAGUAAAAAUAAUAAUAAUCUUAGAAAGUAAAUGAGGGAACUAGAAAAAGGCACUUGAGAAAUAUUUAUCAAUUUUUAACCUUUUGUACCU